GGGGUGUUGGGGGGGGAGCCAGAGAGCCUGGGGGGGCUGCAAAAAGAGAGAAAGAAAACAGCAGGAACCACAACAAAACGCCAGCAGGGCGGGCGGGCGCGCAGCAGCAGCGGGGCGGCCGAGGCAGUAGCGGCGGCAGCGGCGGCGGCGGCGGAGGCAGCGGCCGGUGCCCGGCUCGGGCUCGGCUCCCGCGACCCCGGGGCGCCCGGCGGGCCCCCCGCCCCCUCCCCCUCCCCCCCUUCCCCUUCCCCUUCCCCUCCCAGCGCGCCCGCGCGCCCCGCGGCCCUCGGCGAGCAGCUCGGCUCCCCCCAGCGCUCCCCGGGCCCAAAGAUAUGGCAAUGGUAGUUAGCAGCUGGCGAGAUCCGCAGGACGACGUGGCCGGGGGCAACCCCGGCGGCCCCAACCCCGCAGCGCAAGCGGCCCGCGGCGGCGGCGGCGGCGGCGGCGAGCAGCAGCAGCAGGCGGGCUCGGGCGCGCCGCACACGCCGCAGACCCCGGGCCAGCCCGGAGCGCCCGCCACCCCCGGCACGGCAGGGGACAAGGGCCAGGGCCCGCCUGGCUCGGGCCAGAGCCAGCAGCACAUCGAGUGCGUGGUGUGCGGGGACAAGUCGAGCGGCAAGCACUACGGCCAAUUCACCUGCGAGGGCUGCAAAAGUUUCUUCAAGAGGAGCGUCCGCAGGAACUUAACUUACACAUGCCGUGCCAACAGGAACUGUCCCAUCGACCAGCACCACCGCAACCAGUGCCAAUACUGCCGCCUCAAGAAGUGCCUCAAAGUGGGCAUGAGGCGGGAAGCGGUUCAGCGAGGAAGAAUGCCUCCAACCCAACCCAAUCCAGGCCAGUACGCACUCACCAACGGGGACCCCCUCAACGGCCACUGCUACCUGUCCGGCUACAUCUCGCUGCUGCUGCGCGCGGAACCCUACCCCACGUCGCGCUACGGCAGCCAAUGCAUGCAGCCCAACAACAUCAUGGGCAUCGAGAACAUCUGCGAGCUGGCCGCGCGCCUGCUCUUCAGCGCCGUCGAGUGGGCCCGAAACAUCCCCUUCUUCCCGGAUCUGCAGAUCACCGACCAAGUGUCCCUGCUGCGCCUCACCUGGAGCGAGCUGUUCGUGCUCAACGCGGCCCAGUGCUCCAUGCCGCUGCACGUGGCGCCGCUGCUGGCCGCCGCGGGCCUGCACGCCUCGCCCAUGUCCGCCGACCGCGUCGUGGCCUUCAUGGACCACAUCCGCAUCUUCCAGGAGCAGGUGGAGAAGCUCAAGGCGCUGCACGUCGACUCGGCCGAGUACAGCUGCCUCAAAGCCAUCGUGCUGUUCACGUCAGAUGCGUGCGGCCUGUCGGAUGCCGCCCACAUCGAGAGCCUGCAGGAGAAGUCCCAGUGCGCACUGGAGGAGUAUGUGAGGAGCCAGUACCCUAACCAGCCCAGCCGCUUCGGCAAACUCCUACUGCGACUGCCCUCCCUGCGUACCGUGUCCUCCUCGGUCAUCGAGCAGCUCUUCUUCGUCCGUUUGGUAGGUAAAACCCCCAUCGAAACUCUCAUCCGGGAUAUGUUACUGUCUGGGAGCAGCUUCAACUGGCCUUACAUGUCCAUCCAGUGCUCCUAGACCUUGGGCGCUUCCUACCUGCCCCUGCCCCCCUAGAGACUCAGAGGACCGGCGGGGGGCCAUGGACUCCAAAGCUGCGGGGACAUCAGGCGGCUGUUGCGGGGUACAGCUGGGCAGGGGGGAGGUGGGCCGGGCCAACAGGAGCAGCCCACCUUGCAGAAAUGCAACCCGAGCUGCAAACCAGGAGAAAAAGAGACUCUCUUUAGGAUCAGAUCUGUGAACAUGUUGGAAAGGAAAGAAAAAGGACCUUGUGUCUGGUGAGAAAAGGAAAAAAAAAAAUUGGAAGAGAGGACCAUGAGAAUUUUAAUAAAACAGAAGGAGACUAAUGGACCUUCCAGGAUUUAUUGUGGACGGAUGUGGAUAUAUUCUGUACAGAAAACAACACACAUGGAAGUGGACUGAAUUCUAUGUAGAAACACACACACACACACACACACACACACACACACACACACACCCCAAACAUUGUUAUUCAUUUUGUAAAAUACUAGUCUUUAUUUUCAUUUUUUUGUAAAAUUUAAACAUCGUAUGCACAUAAAAAAGGAAACAAGAAUUAGGGGAAAAUAACAUUUUCCAAAUAAUUAUAAAAAAAUUGUCCUGUGUCUAUGUAUCUAUAUCUGUUUUGUAUUUUUUUCUGGUUCCAAACCAGAUUUCCUGUGAUUCUAUACUAAUAAUUUUUGAUAUAACCCUUUGCUUCUUAUAAUGAGUGCGAUAUAUGUUGUCAAGGCUGUUCUUCAAGAAUUAAAAUUGAAGUGAAAAUUUAAACAAAAAAAUAAAAGAAUUUAGCAAAA